AUGGCAUUGGUCUGGGCUAUCAUCGUGCUGAGCUCCCUCCCCUUGCUCCUUGCCCAGCCCCAGGACUGUGCCUCCCGCUUGCCAGGGGCCAUCGACAGCAGCACGGUGGGCAAGCUGAAAGGCAAAUGGUACCUGACUGCAUCGGCUGAUGCCUCUUCUUCCGGACAGGAACUGAUCUCCCUGAUCCAGGCGGCCUACAUAUUUCUGUACCCUAAUCCAGCCGGGAACAAGAUCACCACAAGGACAUACACCACUAUGAGGUCCACAUGUAUACAUAACCUGAACCACCUCUCCAUCCAGAGAAUCAACAACACCACGUUCUGGACAGAGCGGGAACUAUUGAACUUACUGCUGCCCCUGACUGCCAACCUGGAGGAGAACUUCGUGCUGGUGUUCUCCCCAGACAGCAAGCAGCACCGCGGCCUCGUUCUCUAUGGUCGGAAGCCCACCGUGAGCAAAGAGCAGCGUGAAGCCCUCCAGGUCCCUUUGAACUGCCUGGGCCUCCAGGGACAGGAAGUGUAUUAUACCCAGGGCCAGGAUGAGUGCAAGAAGCAGGCAAAGGAAGAUGAGGAUCGGGAGAAGGAGGAAAGAGGGACAACUGAGACCGACAAGGUUCCCAGAUAG